CAAAUGAGGGGUUUUCUUAAAACAUCAAACUGGGUAUUUAAGCUCCAGCCUAAAACCACUACUAUAGGAAGACACAAAGACUCUGACCUCUGUCUACAGAACAGUGGGGUGGAUGAGUAUCAUGCCACUAUUGAUUGGUGUGAAGCGGACAGCUGCUAUGUUAUCUGUGACUUAAACUCAGCCCACGGGACAUACGUCAAUGACUGCCGGAUCCACAAUGCAACAGUGCGUCUCUCUCCAGGAGACCAGCUACACUUUGGCUAUGGAGGAUCAACCUAUGAGCUGUCCAUUGACAACGAGAAAUCAUUUCCUCAUUUGGCUGCUCAGUCUCCAGUUCCCCAGGCUUGGCCACGAGUUCGGACUCCCUCUGUUUCACCUCACCCUCCAACCAGACCUCGUCCCAUGAGUGCCGGAAUAAAACGGGUUCCAACUACUCCUGAUCGAAAAACUCAAUCGAGUAGACCAGGAAACUGGAGUGCUAAUAGAGGAUGUAAUCUCAGAAGUAUAACUCAACCUAACAUUUCUCAAAACAUCCAGUACCUUCCUGUGGAUGAGGAGGAGAGCUUGCAUCGCCUGGGAGAGGGACAUAUUCGUGUGUCGCUGUGCUUUGACGAUGAGUCCCAGAGGAAGGAUGAUGCGAUCACGGCCCUGAAGGAGGAAGUGUCAGCUCUCAAGAGCCAGCUGUCUCAGAAGAAGCAGGGUGAUCCAGAUGUCACACACAGACUUCUCUGCCUGGAAAGUGACAUCAAAGAGAAGAAGGAUCAGAUACAGCAGCUAAAGGAGCAGAUGCUGGAGCUUCAGAGAUGUUCUGGAGAGAUGCUUGAACAGACUGUGACUGAGAGAGAUCAGAAGAUCAGCACUCUAUUAGAACAGAUGGAUAAACUCAGGAGACAAAAUUCUUCCUCUACAGCACUGGUUAGCAGUCUGCAGAGAGAUGUGUCUGCCCGCGAGAAACAGGCUCUUAAACUAGCCGCUGAGGUGGACAAGCUCAGACAAGAUGUGAGACGCAGAGAAGCCAAACUCUCAGGCAUUAUGGACAAGAAGUUGAAAGACUCCCAGAAGCAUCAGAGUGAGCUGCUCGCCAGGCAGAGUGAGGUGGAAUCUCUCAACAAUGAACGAGCUUCUCUGCUGACAGAGAUGGAAAAACUGAAGCAGCUUCAUGAGCAAAUGCAGCAGCGAGAACAGAGAGUUCAAGAAGGGCUUCAAUGUACUAAAUCAAGGUUUGACAGUUUUCGCGAGCAGAUCGUCAAGAUUGCACAUGUUUCUGACAAGCAAACAGACCAAGAGGUGCUGGACUGUUUAUCAGAGCAAAUGGAACAGAUGGAGAUGUACAAAACCAAAGUGCAUGACUUUGAACUAAAACUCAAAGAGCAAGCUCACACACAGAGGAAAAUGUUGGACGAGAGCCAGGAAUUUAGAGCUAGACUGCACGAAUGUCAGAGUCGUGUGCAAGAUGCAUGUAUUGUAGCCACAGUGCAAAUGGAAAUAGCUGGUCUGCAGGAGAUGAAUCUGAAUCCUGAGCUCAGCUGGGUUCAGGAGCAUUCCCUCCAUACACUGAAUCUCCUGCACACUAUUUUGCUGAAUAUGACUCAGAAGUUACAAGAAGCAGGGCUUGAUGUGUCAGUGAAAACUGGAGGAGUAUCAGGUGCCUUACAUAUUUUGUGCCAAAACCACAAGGACACCCAAUCAGAGCUGAGAAAGCUAAAGACAGAGAUGCAAAAACUUGAGGAGACAGAGAUGCAGAGCAGAGAUCUUCACGACAGGCUGGAGUUCAUGCAGAAGCAGUUCGAGAAGGAGAAACUUCAGGCAGCCGAGGGGCAGAGCGAGAUGAAAAAUACACUGAUGCGACAGCUUGAAGAAGCCACAGCUGAUCUGCAGUCAGUGAGAAAAACUGAGAGUGCCUUGCGCAGGGACAUCGAGACCCACAAAGCUGAAUGGCAAACUGAGAUGGAAAAAGCAAAGAUUCGAGAGGCAGAGUUGAAAGAAAUGCUGUGUGAAUUACAUCUCAAAGAGGAGGAGCAGACAGAGAAGAUAAAGCAGUAUGAGGAAAGGGAAGCAAUGGCUGAAGAAGAGCGACGGCAGCACCGGCUCGAGGUGGAGGAGUACAGAGAACAGGUGCGGCAGCAUGCAUUCACCAUUGUGGCCAUCGAGAAUCAAAUAAACAAGGCCCAGCAGAGUGAAGAAAGAUGGAGAGAGAUGGAAGACCAGAGAGACUUGCUGAAGGAGCAGCUCAAAGAGGCGCUUGAUAGACUGGAGGGCUUUGAAAGCAACAGCGCAUCACACACAUCAGAGAAACAACCGGAAUUGGAUCAAACCAUAACAUCCCUCCGGGCAUCUCUGGCCUCGUCUAAACAGGAAGUGGUCAGUCAGAGCGAGAUCAUCAAUGCACUGAGUCGUGAUUUGGCUCUGGCUCACGCUCGACUCUCUGAUAUGACAGGAGAACUGAGUGAACAGCAGAAGCUGGAGCUGGAGAGCCAUAAAGCUUUAGUGAUCGAUCAGAGGAUUCAACUUAGCACGCUCACAAACAAGCUGAGCAUGAUGUCACAACUAGUGCAACAGAAAGAUGAAGAAACAAAGAUGCUGGGAGUAAAGCUUAGACAAACUGAAGAGGAAUUGAAGAGUUCAGCAGCAGCAAACAGAGACAUGGAGAACACGAGCCUUGUGCUGUUACAAACGUCAAGAAACACUAGAGAUGUGGCAGUCAUGACGGCUCCUAAUGAUGUCAUCCAUCAGAGGUCAAAACACAAAGGUCAUCGUCGCGAGAAAGCGAUACUUCAACAGCAGGAAGGUUUGCAAGACAUGAGAGAGCGAAUCCGAGCGCUAGAACAGAAGUGGCCGAGCAAGCGUCUGGGCCAGCAGCGGGAACUGGAGAAACAGGGUCAGGUGAAGACACAGAGACUUAAGAGAGGAUCCGUCACUCCUGUGAAUAGUUUUGCAUUUCCUGAAGCUCUGACAGAGGCAGCGAGAGAACGCACAGCCAGACUGGACAUGUCUGAUGCUCUGGAGCUCAGUGAGAGAACAUACCUGGAGCUGGUGCAUGUGCUGCGUGAAGCUCUGGAGCUCAGUGACGAUGAGCUGUCAGGCUGUGCGAGUUUUCAGCACCUUCCUCCUGAUGAGAGACAGCGCAUCGUUUCUCUGAGACAAACAGACUUGGAGUUUGUGAGAAGCCGCUUUGAUCUGCAGAACAGUCGGAGGCAGAAGCAAGAGCUACUGCUGCAGGAGAACCAGAGAGAGAUGCACACGCUCAGAGAGAAACAGGAGCUGUGGACACAGACACAGGCUGAGCUUGAGAGUGUGAAGGCAGAACUGGAGACUCAGAGACGAGAGAUGGACAAUCUUCAACAAGCUUUACAAGACAGCGUCAUCCAGCUGCAAAGAAACCAGCAGGAACGCGAUGUUACCAACAGAAAUAAUAGGAGCCUUAAUACAGAGAAAAUGGACAAAAGAAGAGUGGGCCAUCAUAACUGUAUACCAAAUGACAGCUAUGAAAAGGCCUCAGCAGUGAAGAAACGGACUUCGCAGAUGAGGCUGAAAAAGAAGGCGAGUGAGGUGGAUAAUCUGAAGAAAGAAAUGGAGCAGAAACAGCAGAUUUGUUCAGUGGUCUCUGGUUUGUCUAGUCCUCUGCAGGCCUCAGAGAGCUCCCGAAUCCCCCUGCUCACUGAGGCCCACUGACAUGGACACAACUAUGAUGAUGCAACUGUGCAGUUAAUCACACUAUGGUACAAGGGUAAAGAAAAGCUCAAAUUAAAUGUUAAUAUUGUAUUUCCUGAUUGCCUUAUCUCAUUAUUAUAUGCAUAUAUACUAUAUAUUCACUGUGUUAAUGAGCAGUUAAACAAGUCUACCUUAUAAAGUGGCUGGUGUAUGUACUGUAUGUGUUAAUACUUAAGACAAAUUAUUAGCCCCCCUGUGAAUUUAUAACUCUUUU